AUGAGUGACAAAAUUCCAGCAUGGAAUUUGGUCCACAAGCUGGAGAAGCGAUCGCUUCUCAUCGGCAUUAAUUGCGUCGCUGCGCUGUCAAUCCUCUUCUUCGGUUACGAUCAAGGAAUGAUGUCUGGUGUCAACAAUGCGAAAGACUACAUCGAUCUUAUGGGCUUCGGAUACACGAAAAUGAUGGACGGCGAAGCGACCCCCGUGGUCACAAAUUCCCUGCUCCAGGGUGGAAUUGUCUCGGUCUACUACCUGGGAACACUGGUCGGUGGCCUUUUCGGAGGAUGGCUGGGAGACCGCAUGGGACGAAUCAAGACCAUCGGUGCCGGUGCGAUUUGGGCCAUUGUGGGUGCGGCUUUGCAGUGCUCGGCCAUGAACCACAAUUGGAUGAUCUGCGCACGCAUGGUGAAUGGAAUUGGAACUGGAAUUUUGAACGCCAUUGUUCCUGUUUGGGCCACUGAGACAGCCGAGCAUACGUCUCGUGGACAGUUUAUCGCCAUUGAGUUCACGCUGAAUAUCUUCGGUGUUGUUUUGGCCUAUUGGCUCGAGUUUGGUCUAUCUUUCAUCGAUAAUGGAGAAUCCGCUUUCCGGUGGAGAUUCCCCAUCGCAUUCCAGAUUGUCUUCCUGAUCGUUCUCUUCGGAGCAGUCUGGUUCUUCCCCGAAUCACCCCGAUGGCUCGUCAAGGUUGGCCGCGAAGAGGAAGCCCGGUACAUCCUGCAGCGUUUGCGUGGAUCUAGCGGAGAGGAUCUCAUCCGUGCCGAGGCUGAGUUCCAGGACAUCUUGAGCAUUGCUGAAAUGGAAAAGACCGUGGAUCACGCAGACUCGUAUUGGUCGAUGCUUGUCGGCUAUAAGUCUGGAGAUCUCCACAUCGGUCGCCGAGUGCAGCUGGUCGUUUGGUUGCAAAUCAUGCAGGAGUGGGUUGGCAUUGCCGGUGUGACCGUUUACGCACCCACUAUUUUCAGCAUCGCUGGAUUUGAUUCAACAAAGAGCCAGUGGAUCAGUGGACUGAACAAUGUGUUCUAUAUGUUUGCCACGUUGGUUUGUGUCUUCACAAUUGAUCGCCUAGGUCGACGAUGGACUUUAUAUUGGGGCUCAGUUGUCCAGGGAAUCGCCAUGUUCCUCGCGGGUGGUUUCUCUCGGCUCGCCAUUGAUGCGAAAGCUGCUGGCGAUAUGGGCAAGGCCUCGUCAUACGGCGCCGCAGCGGCUUCGAUGAUCUUCAUCUUCACCUCGACCUUCGGAGCCACGUGGCUGACCGUGCCAUGGGUAUACCCUGCCGAGAUCUUCCCUCUGGCUGUUCGCGCCCGAGGAAACGCAUUCGGUGUUGUUGGUUGGAGUAUUGGCAAUGGAUGGCUGACUCUUCUGUGUCCCGUGAUGUUCAGCGCCAUCAACGAGAAGACUCUUUACGUCUUUGCUGCCAGCAAUGUGAUCACAAUCCCGAUGGUCUGGGCACUAUACCCCGAGAGCAACCAGCGCACACUCGAGGAUAUGGAUCUGCUAUUCGCGGCCAAGACCCCGUGGGUCUGGGACGCCGAAAAGACUUUCGCGCGUCUGAAGGCCGAGAACCCGGGCAUGGUCCAGGCUCUCAGUCGCAAGGGCAGUGUAGUUGAUCCCGAGACUGGAAAACCACUUUCCAUUGGGGCAGCUGCGGCUAUGGCGGCCUCCAAAGGAGGGGAUGACGCCACGGGAGCGGAGCAUGUUGACCGCGUCUAG